AUGUUAGAAUUCUACUACCGAUGCGAUAAUGAUCACGAUGAUCACGAUCACUGCGCCAGACUUAUCAUCCCAAUAUUAAUAUUGGCAUGCAGUAUUCCGUCACAUCAAAAGUUAUAUAGCGAACAUCGAGCCGACACUAUACUGAUAAUACAGGUGACAUUUAGGACUGAUCGUGAACUGAUGCUAAAGUACGCUACCACCGGUCGCAAUUUAACGAUAAUCGGCGUGUCUUUCAUGUACAUCGCCGGCAUCGUUUAUCAUAUGAUUCUGCCGUUUUGUUCGGAACAUAAAAUAAACAAUCAAACCAUCAGACCACUCGUGUAUCCGGUUUAUAGUAAAUUUUAUCAGUCUCAAAUUAGCCCAAUAUACGAACUCGUAUACGUAGCGCAUUGCAUGUGUGGAUACACUACAUGUUCGGUAACAGCCGGUACGUGCGGAUUAGCCGCUCUGUUCACUACUCACGCCUGCGGCCAGAUCCAAAUGAUUAUAGCACGAUUGAAAAAUCUCUUAGACGGUGACAAGUUCGAGCAAACCCUCAACGUUCAACAACGAAUCGCUGCCAUUGUGAAGGGCCACGUUCGAGUAAUAAGAUUUGCGGCCGUUAUCGAAGAAGUUUUACAAGAAGUGUGUUUAGUGGAGUUCGCUAGUUCUGUUUGCACUAUAUGUUUGCUCGAAUACUACUGUAUAGUGGAUUGGCAAGCGGAUGAUAGAAUUGGUUUAACGACUUAUUUCAUGCUGUUUGUUUCGCUUUGUUUUAAUAUAUACAUAUUAUGCUAUAUUGGCGAGCUUCUUAUGGAAAAGAGCAGUCAAAUUGGAUCGAUAUGCUUUUUGAUUAAUUGGUAUGAAUUGUCACCAAAAUCAGCUCGCAGUCUUAUAUUGAUACUUGCCAUGUCUGGCCAUCCUAUAAAAAUCACUGCUGGUAGAAUGGCAGAUCUGUCACUGACAACUUUUGGAAAUGUACUAAAGACUAGCUUGGCAUAUCUGAGCUUCCUACGAACAUUAGUAAUGUAAAUAUAAUUCGAAUUAUAUGACAUAUAAAAAAUUAUUUUGAAUUCAAAGCUAGCAUAUCCAUUAAUCAAGAGACACGGGCUGCGUUCCCAUUUCGUCUCACUCAGUGCAGUAUCCAGUGGCCGCCAUUUUGCUGGAUACUGCACUGGAGAAGCGUUCCCAAAUUACUGGACUGGCUAGUGGCUAGUGACAGCCUCGCACACGUAUUAGCUCAUAACCUAAAUAAAAUUGUUAGUUAAUAUGUAAAUAGUGUUGAAGCAAUUAUUGCUAGUAAAGAUUAUUAUAUCGGUAAGUAAAUAUUUCAAUUAGCAAUGUAUUAAUAAGUGU